GCCGACCCUGCUGGCUGUGGGCGGGGCGGCUCCGGGGGAGGCGGGGAGCGGGGCGGAGUGGCUGCGCGGUACUAGCGGCGCCCGCCGAGGAAGGCGGCGGGAGCGGGAAAGCGGCUCGCCCCGGCGUCCGGGCUGCCGAGCGGCCGCGCCCCGGCUCCAGUGGCCGCGGCGGAGCUGAGGGGCCGGGCGCCCUGGAGCAGCCCGCGGGCUCGGGCGAGCGGAAGAUGGAGGAGAAGGGUGGCAGCGGCGGGGACGCCGGCGGAGAGCAGCUCCGCGUCGUCAAGCACGAGCUGCGGACGGCUAAUUUAACCGGACAUGCAGAGAAGGUGGGGAUUGAAAAUUUUGAGCUCUUAAAGGUCUUAGGAACUGGAGCUUACGGAAAGGUGUUUCUCGUGCGUAAAGUGAGUGGCCACGAUGCUGGAAAGCUGUACGCCAUGAAGGUCCUGAAGAAGGCCGCCAUCGUCCAGAAGGCCAAGAGCACGGAGCACGCGCGGGCGGAGCGGCAGGUCCUGGAGCAGGUGCGGCAGUCGCCCUUCCUGGUGACGCUGCACUACGCCUUCCAGACGGAGGCCAAGCUCCACCUCAUCCUAGAUUAUAUAAAUGGUGGAGAGCUUUUUACUCAUCUUUCUCAGAGAGAGCGUUUCACAGAGCACGAGGUGCAGAUCUAUGUCGGAGAGAUCGUGCUUGCCCUGGAACACCUGCACAAGCUGGGGAUUAUAUACCGCGACAUUAAGCUUGAGAAUAUUCUGCUUGAUUCUAACGGCCACGUGAUGCUGACAGAUUUUGGUCUGAGUAAGGAGUUUGUGGCUGACGAAGCUGAAAGAGCAUAUUCCUUUUGUGGAACCAUUGAAUACAUGGCACCGGAUAUUGUCAGAGGGGGAGACUCGGGACAUGACAAGGCAGUUGACUGGUGGAGUUUAGGUGUUCUAAUGUAUGAAUUGCUAACUGGAGCAUCUCCGUUCACUGUUGAUGGCGAGAAGAACUCCCAAGCUGAGAUAUCUAGGAGAAUAUUAAAGAGCGAGCCUCCGUAUCCCCAGGAAAUGAGUGCUGUAGCCAGAGACCUGAUCCAGCGUCUCCUGAUGAAAGAUCCCAAGAAGAGACUGGGCUGCGGUCCACGCGACGCAGAUGAAAUCAAAGAACAUCCCUUCUUUCAGAAAAUAAACUGGGAUGAUUUAGCUGCCAAAAAAGUGCCCGCACCCUUCAAGCCAGUCAUCCGAGAUGAAUUAGAUGUGAGUAACUUUGCAGAAGAAUUCACAGAAAUGGACCCCACCUACUCUCCCGCAGCUCUGCCCCAGAGCUCCGAGAGGCUGUUCCAGGGCUAUUCCUUUGUUGCCCCUUCCAUCCUCUUCAAGCGUAAUGCAGCUGUCAUGGACCCCCUUCAGUUUCACAUGGGAGUUGACCGCCCCGGAGAGACGCACGUUGCAAGGAGCGCGAUGCUGAAGGAGUCUCCAUUCUACCAACACUAUGACCUAGAUCUGAAGGACACACCACUGGGAGAAGGAAGUUUUUCAAUCUGCCGAAAGUGUGUUCACAAAAAAAGUAACCAAGCAUUCGCAGUCAAAAUAAUCAGCAAAAGGAUGGAAGCCAGCACUCAGAAAGAGGUAACAGCUCUGAGACUCUGCGAAGGACACCCCAAUAUUGUGAAAUUACAUGAAGUUUUUCAUGAUCAGCUUCACACAUUUCUAGUGAUGGAACUUCUGAACGGGGGAGAGCUGUUUGAACGCAUUAAGAGAAAGAAGCAUUUUAGUGAGACGGAAGCCAGCUACAUCAUGCGGAAGCUGGUUUCAGCUGUUAGCCACAUGCAUGACGUCGGAGUGGUACACAGAGAUCUGAAACCCGAGAAUUUAUUGUUUACUGAUGAAAAUGACAAUUUGGAAAUUAAAGUCAUUGAUUUUGGGUUUGCACGCUUGAAGCCACCUGAUAAUCAGCCUCUGAAGACGCCGUGUUUCACUCUUCACUACGCUGCCCCAGAGCUCUUGAAUCACAACGGCUAUGAUGAGUCCUGUGACCUCUGGAGCUUGGGCGUCAUUUUGUAUACAAUGUUGUCAGGGCAAGUUCCAUUUCAGUCUCAUGAUAAAAGUCUGACAUGCACCAGUGCAGUGGAAAUCAUGAAGAAAAUUAAAAAGGGAGAUUUCUCCUUUGAAGGAGAAGCCUGGAAGAAUGUAUCCCAAGAGGCUAAAGAUUUGAUCCAAGGACUCCUCACAGUCGAUCCAAACAAAAGGCUUAAAAUGCCUGACUUGAGAUACAAUGAAUGGCUUCAAGACGGCAGUCAGCUGUCCUCAAAUCCUCUGAUGACUCCAGACAUUCUGGGCUCUUCAGGAGCCGCGGUGCACACGUGUGUGAAAGCCACCUUCCACGCCUUCAACAAAUACAAGAGAGAGGGGUUCUGCCUCCAGAACGUGGAUAAGGCCCCUCUGGCCAAGAGGCGGAGGAUGAAGAAGACCAGCACCAGCACGGAGACGCGCAGCAGCUCCAGCGAGAGCUCGCACUCCUCGUCCUCCCACUCGCAGGGCAAGAGCACGCCCACCAGGGCGCUGCAGCCCGGCCACCCCGCCGAGGGCGGCGCGCCCGAGAGCCUCUUCCAGUUCUCCGACUGAGCGCCUGGGCAGCGUCCCUGCAGCCCCGCGGCGCGCCCGGGGGCCAGGCCUGUGCUCUGAGAAGCACACCCCGUUGGGCCCGCUGGCAUCCGCCCCGUAGGGAAUUUUCCCAGGAAAACCCCGUUGGUUAUCCUCGUCCAGAAGCACCGGCGGAGAACGGGACUGUGAGUGGAGCGCACGGCAUGCGGUUAGUGACCGGGAUGACGCCCGCAGGACUGUCCUGAGAGGGCAGAGACGUCUGUCCGUCUGAGUGGGGCCGGUGAGGUUUGAGCCGCUGACAGUAAGUCACAGGGUCCUCAGAGGUCCGCCAGCAAGAGUUCCUAGGACUGUGAUGAUACCUGUGCUUCGCCUUGUGGGCAUUGUGGGUUUUUAAGAGAUAUGCAUCCUUUGAACAGUGAUUGAUCAGAAAAAAAAAAAAAAGGUCUAACUGUUUUCCAAAAGAUUCUGUCAUGAAUUUUAUGUGUGGUGUAAACUUUUUUCUUGAGAGAGGAUUUUAACUUAUUUUUAUUUUAUGGUUACCUAUGACGAUACCCUACUAUUAUUAAUCUUUUUCUAAAAAGUAAAAAGAAAGGCAUAAGGAGGUCCCAUGCUUUGUAUUGGGGACCUCGCUGAGAUGCAUGCUAAGCUACGUAUGUUUUUAAUUUUGCACUGCUCUUUCCUGGCAAUUUGUUUUCAUGGUUACUGCGAAAUAUUAAGGUACAUGUCUCUGUUUUAAGUAAUAUUGCACUUUAUAAAAAAUAUGAAUAAAGCAAGCUGUUUUAUAAAGUGCACUCUUUAAAGCAUAUGUACUGUAUUUUUGCCUUUCCCCCCAUUAUCUACUUUAGGUUUGCCCUCCCGUCCCUUCUGCUCAGGGUGCAGUGUGGAAGGGGCUGUGGUGUGUGGCGGAAGCGUCAGCCGCCGCGGCGCCGCCGUGAGGAGACCUGAGUGGGAAUCCUCCUGAACACUGUGCUCAUUUGAACACUGUGCCGUCCGCAGCGAGGCGCUCCUCCUGUGGUCAGAUUAUGUACAUAAUACUUUAGAACCGUAUCUAUGACUUGUUUGGAAGUAUUUCUGUUCAAUUUUAAAUCCAGAAAGCAUAUUUUAUGCAGAGCACUUGUAUUGCUCAAAAGUUCCGAGUUCAUAACGGAAAACAAGUGCUGUGUGCUGAGGACAUUUUACUGAAUGAUCGCUGCUUUUUAAAAUGCGAUUGAUUCAUUCCCUAUGCAAAAGAAGAAGUGGUAGGAUUUGUGUGUUGUAUUUUUUUUUAAGCCAUCACACGAAAUGUCAGGACUGAGAAAAGUGAUUUUUUGCUAUGUUUACAGGAAUCAUGUUUAAAAAGGUAAUGCCCAAUAUGUUUAUUUUGUCAGUUUUGUUAACAAUAACCUCUUGAGCAUUAGUUUGGAAUUGGGCAUGAUAUUUAUUUAUUCCUUUCUUGAGAUAAUAGCAGCAUUAAUUUCAACCAGUUAUGAAUACUAAAAAUAGUGCACUCUAUGUAAUAGUAGCAUAUUUAUUACUGAACCAAUGUAUAUAUUAAUAGCACAAGCAACAAAAAUGGCAAAUAUUAAACUAUUUUCAAAAUGUA